CAAAGCCUUCGAUAAAUUGAACUUGUAUAUCUAAUAGACUCCACUGAAAUCCAACACGGUGCCACCAGUGGGCCCUCGUUUAUGCCUUUUGUGAUCCGUUUGGUAAUAAUUGCCUGCCCGCCAUGGCCCACGGAAGCUGCCCUAUCGCCCAGCUCUCUGCACGGUGGUUUCACUGGACUUGGAUACAAACACCGGCUUCCAGCGCCCUUGACCAGGCGGCAUCGAAAAAUGAUUGGCAAGGGCGUGCGGCCAGUCGCAGCAGUUCCCGCCGUGUCCCGAACCAGACCCCCGGGAUUGCGGGAUUGGCACCUGGCUACUUAGCUCUAGGAUAGGCGUCUAGUUCUAGAAUUGGCAAAGACUACUAUCCGUGAUCCACCCCGUGGCAACCCUGAGAAAGAUGAUGCCUUGGUGGGUAGGGGUUCGUGGGGACUGGCGAUGGGAUAACGACUGCUGCAUCACAGGGCAGAUCUCAACUUGGCGAUGGCCUGCAUGUACAAGAAUGAUACAGUACGCGGCGGCAACCCCAGGGACGUGUUCGAGAUCCCGCCGCCGUGGUGGAAUUCACUUCCAGAGUCACAUGGAAUAUAGCGGCGUCGUGGCGAGAAUGAAGGACUUAAUGAAAGACGAUUAACUCUGCCCUUCACACAUAACACCAAUAGUGUCG